AUGGGGAAAAUCGCUGCAAAAUGUCAUAAGCUCCUGGAAGCUGAGAUCCUCCGCCGCUCCUCGCAUAUCAUUUCUGUUGCUGGUAGUCAAGCCUAUGUGUUUGGUGGAGAGCUGAAGCCCCGCGAGCCCCGCGACAACGAUGUCCACUCCAUCGCUUUACAAAGCAACGACACAACAGUGAAAUCCGCACCCGCAACAUCAACGUCCCCCUCCGCAAGAGUCGGAACAGCGGCAGCCACGCUUAAUGGAAAGAUCUAUAUCUUUUCCGGCCGAGGAGGCGUCGCAAUGGCACCGAUUGAAGAACAAGGCACCAUUUGGGAAUUCGACCCCGUCAGAUCAACGUGGUCGUCACUUCGGCCUUCAGCCGAGCAGAAAUAUCCCGCAGCACGCAGCUACCACUGCAUGACCAGCGACGGCGCCGACACACUUUUCCUGCAUGCGGGGUGUCCUGAGAAGGGCCGGCUUGGCGAUGUUUGGUCAUUCAAUAUCGCCCGCAGAGAAUGGACGGAGCUUGCGCCCGCCUUCGAUCCUCCGCGCGGCGGUACGUCUAUUGCGUUUGUUGAGGGCUUGUUGUACCGGAUGAAUGGGUUUGAUGGGAAAUCGGAGCAAGGGGGGAAGCUUGAUAUCUACUCUCCCGCCGAGAACUCAUGGAUUUCUCAUUCGUAUUCGCCGGACGGCAAAGCGGGUCCGACGCCGCGCAGUGUGAGCGCGCUGUUGCCGCUCCGUCUUGGUGGUCGGCCGUUCCUUGUCACGCUGUUCGGGGAGCGCGAUCCUAGUUCGCUGGGCCACCAAGGGGCGGGGAAGAUGCUGGAUGAUGUGUGGAUUUUCGAUAUUCAUGAGAAAAUUUGGCAGCAUGUUUCUCUGGAAGGGGAUGAGCUGCCGCUUCCGCGGGGAUGGUUUGAUGCUGAUACGUUGGGUGAAGAUGCCAUCAUAGUGCAUGGUGGUCUUGGAGAGUCUAAUGAGCGCCUUGGAGAUAUUUGGAAGCUUGAUUUCGUUCAGUAG